UGAUUGGUUCGGUUUGAACGGUUAGAAGAUCGGUUUAAUCGGUCGGUCGUUUGAUCCAUUGACACAUUUAUUAAAAUAAAUUAAAUAAUAUAUUGAUCCAUCCAUCACGGCCGGCCGGCGUCGAAAUUCCAGUCGAACUUCUUGUAUUAUAAAUGAGAGAGAAUCGCAUUGCUCGCUCGUCAUUUAUCUGUACUCAAUUGGAAGAGGUAGAGCUCUUUUUUAUAUAAUUGACAAGGUAUGCGAUCAAUCUUCUUCUUCUUCUUCUUCUUCAACCAAUACAACUCCAGAAGAAGGGGUUAGAAAUUCGAUUUUAUCAGUGUAAAGAGGAAGUGUGUAGAUGCUAGAGUUGCAGAAUUACCAUCGAUCAUCCUCUAAUUGAGCAACAAAAUCGGUAAUCUUAAAUGAUUUCAAACCUAGUUAGUCUGAUUAUAUAUAACCUUGUUCUUCUCCGCCGCGUAAUUUAUACAUUGAGGAAUGAAUUAGAGAAAUGAACCUCCCACAACGGGCCGGAGUGAACGAACCAUCGGAGACCGAAACGAGGAGUUAGUUAGUUGUGUCUGAAUUGGUAAAGUCUGUAGGUAUCGGAAUCAGGUAAUUAUAAAGCUGUUUGGGAAAUUGUUUCUAGACCUAGCUAACUGCUUCUUUUGCUACUCUCUUCUCAUAUUGCUUGCACAAGAACAAAGGUUGUUUGUUCUCAUUGAUAUUAUAGAACCUCCACCAGGUUUUCAGUUUUGACUAAUGGUGUUUCCUAUGUUGUCCUGAAUUUUUUGUCUUUCAAUGAUUUGCGCAUAAUUCAAUUCUUAGUAGUCUAAGUCUCUUCUCUAUAAUAAUAAUGUUGAUGAAAACCAAGGAUAGUCUGCUUGCUUGGGUGAGAAGAGUCUGCCCAUUUUUCUUUCUAUGUUGGAUUUUCAUUUAGUUCACCUACAGAGUUUAAAUGCAUCAAGAUCCUCUUUAAGAUCCAUUAAACUUUGAAAGGAGAUGUUUUCGCUAGUGAUACUAAUUACCAAGGCUUCUUUCAGCUUCGACUUAUUUUUGAGAAUCAACUGCACCAAACUCAGACACUAGUUUAGAUUAUUAUUAUUAUUAUAAAUCAUAAUUGUUCAAUAAAAUUCAAUUUUAACUAGAUGAUAUGUCCCCUUUUAUAUUAAUUACUUUUUCUACGACUUUAGUAGUACAAAUUUAUGACUGGAUUGAUCGAUACUUUCAUGGAUUUGCUUGAUUCCAAUGUAUGGAUAUUAAGAUUUCGUUGACAAUUCAGUUCAAUUAAGGAGUUCCUAAAAUUUUGUUUGCCUAUAAAUCAACAAGAAUAUCAGAUUUAUAAGUGCGUGUUUGUCAUGGUCGUCAACAAGAAGUUGAAAAUUGAAGAUACUUUUGAUAAUAUGCGUGUUGUGUGUUUAUAGGUUGUAUUUCUUUUUCGGAAAAACCUGGAGAGAGCUACUGGGAUAGUGGAUCUAGGAGGCGUUAAGAAGAUAUGUGGCGAUCCGAGUGGGCGAUCAAUUUUCCAGGUGAUAUCAAACAAUGAUGGUUCAACUGGCUAUGCAACAAAUAUUUUUAUGGAGGCUUAGGAAGAGAUGGAACCCAUAUAGGAUAAUUGUUUCACUUUUUGAAGAGGAUCACAAGAGAGAGCAUAUCAUUGAGAUAUUCAGAAUAAUUCCACAGCCGAAGUACCGCGAUUCUUAUGACUAUAUAUAUUUGGAUAAUUUAGAAGGAUGUCUUUCUUUAAGUUGUCACUACAAAUCAUCAACUGUGGAUUUGUUUUUGCUGAAGGAAUAUGGCGGGAAGAAUGAACAUUGGUUGAGAUUGAUUACACUGUCACCGUCAAGUUCUUUUAAUAAGAUUUAUAGCCCUGUGAAACCUAUAUUUUAUUCAAAGAGUGAUAAACAAGUAGUGAUUUCCUUGGGUUGUUCGAGGCUUAUUUUGUAUAAUUUAGAAGAGAAGACAGUUGAGGAAGUUAUGACUCAUGGUGUGCUAGGAAGUGGAUUAAUCGACCUACACAUCUGCCAUGAAAGUCUCGUCUCUGUCGAUGUUCCUAUAUGUAACCAUUAUAUAAAUGUCAAAUUUGAUUUACAAAUUGGAAUUUGGUUCUCUCUUUUAAUCUUCAUGUUUUUCUUUUGCAGAGUAAUUAUUCCUAUAAAAGGGUUCAUGCUGGUGCUACAAUUCCUACUUUACAAGGAGAUAGGGGAAUGGUUGAAGAAAGGAGACUAUAAAAUGGUUUAUAUUAUUUUUUCUUAAUAUUCUUUUCUUACAUUAUUCAGGUCUUGCAACACCUUUCUUCUUUUUAUUAAAAAUUUUCAAAUACUUUUAUUAUUUAUUUUCUUAUAUAGUGAUUUGUGACUCCCAUAACUUCAUAUAUUUAAUGUAUUGUUGGUUACAUUCAAUUCAAUGACAAUUGUAUU